ACACACACACACACACACACACACACACACACACUCACACUGUAGGAUUUUAACACCUCCUACUUGUGUGUUCAGUCUGUUACCAGGUUACAGACUGAGACGGUCUGCGCUCUGCUCGGAUGAUGCUGCAGACUUUUGCAGCAGAGCAUGUUUCAGUGUCUCCCUCUGCAUGUUUCAGAGCCUCACAGCCUCGUCCCGGUACCAGACGGACGCAAACUGACGGAGAGCAUACCGGAGGACCGAGGGAUGAGAAUAAAACUUGUCCUGGCAGAGAAUAGAUCUGAUCAUCUCGCGUUGUUUCAUCGUCAAUCGAAAAGAACACACCGGAUCACCGCGGUCUGAGGACUCCGUCUCUGGAGAACAGAUGGAUGAGAGCUGAGGCGGCGGAAGGACAAAGCCACAGGAGGAGCACAUCGCGGGGGUCUCCUCGCCUCCCUGGCUGGAGAUGACGGAGGAGACGUGGGAGAACGGCAGCUUGGCCGACCCUUCGCCCUCACCAUCGCUGUUCUUCCUGAUGUUCAACGACAGCAAUCUGAACGAGACACUGUACAACUCCACCAACUCCACCGAUCCUGACGCCUUCUCAGGGCCCAGCGUGGCGGGGGUCCUCAUCCCACUCAUCUACACCAUCGUCUGCAUCAUCGGCCUUGGGGGGAACACGUUAGUGAUUCACAUUGUGCUGCACUACUCUAAGAUCGAGUCCGUGACAAACAUCUACAUCCUGAACCUCGCCAUAGCAGACGAGCUCUUCAUGCUGGGCCUGCCUUUUCUGGCCGUACAGAACACGCUGCAGUCAUGGCCAUUCGGCUCUUUCAUGUGUCGCCUCGUCAUGACUGUCGACUCCAUCAACCAGUUCACCAGCAUUUUCUGCCUAACCGUCAUGAGCAUUGAUCGCUAUCUAGCCGUCGUCCACCCCAUCAAAUCCUCAAAGUGGCGGCGCCCUCAAGUGGCAAAAGUGGUGAACGGCACAGUGUGGGCUCUGUCCUUUCUUGUUGUCCUGCCUGUCGUCAUCUUCGCCAACAUUCAGAAACCUGGAGGGACCUGCAACAUCGCCUGGCCUCAGCCUGCCAACAUCUGGAGGGCGGCCUUCAUCAUCUACACCGCCACAGUAGGAUUCUUCUGCCCCCUCCUCAUCAUCUGCCUCUGCUACCUGCUCAUCGUCUUCAAGAUCCGCAGCUCAGGAAAGAAGGUCCACGCCACCUCCACCAAACGCAGGAAGUCGGAGAGAAAGGUGACGCGCAUGGUUGUGAUCAUCGUUGCCGUGUUUGUGUUCUGCUGGUUACCGUUCUAUGCCCUCAACAUCCUCAACCUGCUGAUGUCGCUGCCCUCAGAGUAUCAGGGGCUUUAUUACUUUGUUGUGGUGCUUGGCUAUGCUAACAGCUGCGCUAACCCCAUCGUCUACGGCUUCCUGUCAGACAACUUCAAGAGAGGUCUCCGGAAAGCUCUCUGCCGCCCAACAAGGAAGGUGGAGAACCACGAGCCAAAGGAGCAGCAGCAGCAGCAGCAAGAGGAAGGGCGGACGGCGCUCAUGCCCAGAGAGAGUCUGAGACGAGCCAUCAAGGACGAAGACGACGAUGAUGAGGAGGACGUCUCAGAAAUGACUGAGAUCUACCGCAUCGCCCAGAACGGUAACAGCAGCUCACUGCAGCCAUCGACCCCGAAAGACAGGGACACUGUUGGGGAACUCAAGACUGACCCCGUUAACGGGUCCUUGCUUACGGUCCCUCUGCUGCUUAACGGGACGAAGAACGGGAGUGUUAAAACUUUACCAGAGGAGAACCAAGAACAGAGCACCUCGCUGGAGAUCAGCUAUUUGUAGUUGAACACACAGGCAGGGGUGGACUCACAGCAGCCUCUGAAACACAUCAAUCAUUGUAAUGAAGCUAAACCAUAAAAGUACAUGAAGAACACUUAAACUGAAACAGGCCUUAGGAUCAUUUUUGAUCAGUGGACUCUUAUUAUAAGAGAUGCUACAGUUUUACCCUCAUACAGAGUGGAUACAUGUUUAUAUUUUGUACAUAUGCAUGGUUGAAUGUACAAAGUUGUGCCUUUAUCAAGUCUCAUAUGUUUAUUGAUCCUUGUGCUUGUAGCCUUUUCAUUUUAUAGUGUGAAAAUCAUGUACUUAAACAUUACUGUAUCUCAACCUUAAACACAGAAAACAUGGUGGUUAAUUAAUUUACGUUUUUGAAAAUGCACGACAAAAAACCCUUCUAUGUUGAUUAGUGUUUAUAUAACACCUGCCUUUUUUUAUUAUAAGUAAGCUUUUAAAAUAUUGGAUGUAGCCACCACUGCAUGGUUUCAACAACCCAACACAGUCCAAUGGUUAAGUUCAGGGAUUGAAGGUCUCACCUAGCAUCAGUUAGCAUCUCCCAUCUGUCACUCAAAAAGACCACACCCCUAAUAUAAUAUGUCAACAAAAUUCAGCCCUGUAAAGUAGUUGUAUGUGGAAAAAUAAGCUAUAAAGCCCAAACUUCUUUUUUUGUUUUUACCAGGCUAAGGCUGUUAACGUGUUUAUUUCUGCUACAAAGCCAGACACUUUAACAUGGGGCUCUAAGGGGAUUGACUCACAAUUGGAGACGGCCUCUGAUGGAUACUCAAGGAAAUGCAAUUUUUGGGAACUCAAGGUUUGAAGUAAUUUUUUCAGCUCUGAAGGUUUCUGUUUGGUUUUAAUGAAAAAGUACAUAAUACAACAUGGUGUUAGGACUGCGUUAUUGAAGGAAAAACAAUCAAAUUUUGUGAAUAAAGUCAUACAUUAAAAGAAGAAAAUCAUACAUUUACAAGACUUAGGUCAUAUGUUCAAAAUUUAAGUCUAUAUAUUACUUGAGAGGUAAGAUUAGGAUGAAUCUCGUUGACUCACAAAUUUUUCCCAUGAUUGAAUUUCCAUGCAUAUUUUUUAUACGCUUAUUUGUUUUUCUGCAUGAAUUUACAACUUUAAUUUUAUAAACUAUAAACUCUAUAUCUUGCUAAUUUUGAGCUUUUUUCUCUUACAAUUGAUAUUUUAUUUUUCUCUAAAUAUCUCUUUUUUUUACCUCCUUUGUACAGCCCACCUUUUCCUUAAUGUAGCCCUGAUCCUCCACCUUAGUUUAGCCACCAAAAUAUGAAAUAUAUUUCUGUCUAAGUAUCUAAACAUAUAUUUUUAUUGCCAUUUCACCUCAUUUUUUAAAUAUGACUUCAUCAUUUUAGGUCAAAUUUGUUUUAUUCACUGUAGUUCUUCUUCAUCAAAGAAGCCAAAAGUCACCAUUCAAUGGAUAAUGGAGAACGGAGCUGGUUUUAAGCUGCAGCUGUAAAAAAUAAAGAUCUACAGGUUGGGUUUGGAAUCACCUAGAAGCCUGCGCACUCACUUGCCAGUUUGAUAAAGAGCCUUUUUGUUUUAAGAGACACAGAAAGAAUAGAUUCAAUAAAAGGGUGAUGAAAUAAAAUCAUCAGGAGUUUUUCAAAAUGAGAACAAGACCGUUUUCUUCAAAUGAAACACUGAUGUGUUGUCUAACAAAGUGCCUCACAAUUCUUCGCAAAGGCCAGUCUGAAGGCUAAAGUUGUCUAAAGAUAUUUGUAGCUAUCUGCACAGUCCACAUGUGAUCAGAGGCGCAAGGUUUGAAGCACUGGUCUUAAAAUAUACAAUCAUUUACUUUGUCUUUGAUAUGGAUUGACUUUGUUUUCAACUUUAAAGUGAAAAAAAAUACCUUUUUUUAUUUUAUGCGAGCAUCCAGCUGUGUGUGAUGACCUUUACUCAUUACUGAGUUUGUUGUACAUAUGAUGUUUGACAUUAAAGAAGCCUUUGCUGCUGACUGCUUUCAGGUCAGGAGGGAUUAAAACACAUUCAAUUUGAACAACAUCAUAACUUACAUUUUUUUCAUUGAUCACAAGGAAAAAAGCAUUUACUAUGUAAUGGGUCACAUUUUUGCAUCAGUUCACCAUCCCACACAACAAUGAUUAAAAUAAGAUAAGAUAAUUCUGGGUACUCUACUUCUUCAGUGAAUCCAGCACAAGUCUGACAUUUUCCACAAAUAAAACAGAAUAAUUUGCCCUUUUUUCGUUCCUUUUUUUCAGGAGUGACGCUUAUCAUCUAAGAAGAAAGUUGAACUAAUGACACAUCCUUCAACCUGCUCUGUUGGUGUGUUAAUAAAGCAGGUGUGUUCAUUGUUGUAGAUAUUAAACCCACAAUUACUGAUAACGUCACACAUUUAAUCGACAAAGGGUCCCAAAAAAUGUGUAUACAGGGGAAAAAGAUACUUCAUACCACAUCCAAUGAGACAACAAUGCUCCAUCAUUCUUCAAAAACUCACCUGAGUGCUGUUCAUUCAUGAAAGGACACACAAACACAGAGAGAGCGCACACUGGUUAUAUUUAUCUGUCUGUAUGUAAAGCUGAAUGAUGAUUCUGCUCCUUCUCUGUGUUAGCUCUGCUCUCUGCUGGUCUUCAGCCCACACACACACACAGACACACACACACACCCGCACGCGCACACACACAUACACACACACACGCACGCACACACGCACACAUUCUGCCGACCUUCUCUGAGCAGCAGAAACCAUCAUUAAAGUCACAUUAUGGAGGGAUUUGCAUGGUUCAUACUCUGUUUGUGAGGCCCCUGAGGCUGCAGUCUGAUGAGAGCCAACAUUCAUUCACUGUGAGUGUGUGCGUGUGUGUGAGUUUUCCUCAUUUCGUUUGUCCUCCUUGUGUGUGUGUGUGUGUGUGUGUGUGUGUGUGUGUGUGUGUGUGUGUGUGUGUGUGUGUGUGUGUGUGUGUGUGUGUGUGUGUGUUGUCUAUAAAUAAUGCCAGUGUGUACUCUGUGUGCUGGAGACUACCUGCAGUGAUAACCCAUCCAAGCACAGAGGUGAGAGUCAGCUGAUGAGUCAGAGUCUCCACCCACAGGCUGCAGCUUCACUCUAACAGGCUGUUUUCACUUUGUGUGGCAGAAAACAAAACACACAAACACACACAAUGCAAACCCUUUACACAACAGGGUGAACACAAGGUGCAACAUUAUCUAAUGAACAAUAAAGAUUCAAUUAUCUGGGCCGUGUUUUAGUUGUCUCAUCCACACUGGCUACACACGCAUGCAGAAUAAAGCAGGAGAUGUAAAAUGAUCCCUGUGGUGCUCGCUGAGUGUUUCUGACUUUGUGUUUGUCUAAAGUCAUUUCUGAUUCAAGAGCAGGGGCAUUUUCCCCACAGACCGUAAACCCUAAUGAAAGCAGAUUACACUGUCAACCCAACGUAUAAAAAUGGAGAGUUUGUGAUUUGUGAUUCCUUCAACCCAUCAGGGGAAAUCUGCAUCAUAAUCCUGCUGGAGGCAGUUCACAAAGAUUUAUGUCUCACAUGUUUCUUUGUCUUUGUUUGAGCAGCUGCAGAAUCAAAUGUUUUGUGCCAUAAAACAAAAAGGUUCUCUGAUAUGUCAUUAAAAUUUACAACUGGAAGAAAUAAAAGUUUGUUUGACGG